AUGGGACAACCGAGUCUUAAUGGCUUAAAGCAAGACAUUAUGGUUGUGUGUCGUUGCACUGAACGAUGCUUGAAAAGACAUAUGCUUGCGACGCAAUGGCAUACAACUAAGAGAAUAAUACUGGGGACAAAAGCUGCUUACUCGUUGCUUACUCGCAACCAGCAUAUGAAUUAUGCUGAGAGAGUCCUCCAAGAACUGAAGAAGCAAGCGAAUUCUUUGAUCAUCAGUAUUGCAGAUCGUCCAUGCCCACAGAAACGGUUCUCAGAAGCGUCCACGAAAGGUGCCAAACCACAAGAAACAUUAUGA